AUGCUCCUGGACACAGCCGAUAGUCCUGCAUUUAGUCGCUACGACAAAGAAUAUGAGGAUUUACUCAUAAACUACGCGUGGAAGGGCAUCUUCCAUCAUGCGAUUUAUCAAAGCUUCGGAGGAAUUGCGGUGUUUUGUUGGGGUUUUACUCCAAUCGCUGAUUUCGUCGCUAGUCGUUCACGCCAACUGCCCAUGGAGGGAUGGUACCCUUAUAAUACGACGGCGACACCGGCUUUCGAGAUCACCGCGGCACAUCAGGGCAUCGCUAUCAUAAUUGCUUGCUUUCAUAACGUGGCGAUGGAUACACUGAUGACGGGCUUAAUCAUGGUCGCCUGUUGCCAGCUGGCAAUCCUAGAGCGCAACAUUAUCUCGAUUGAUAACAAGGCAAGCAUUCGUGGAAUGCAGAAUGAUAAUGAUAAGGACAAGCCGCUCGAAAGGAGAACUUUAGCUUAUCAACUACUCAAACGAUGCGCUAUGCACAGUAAUAUGAUAUUUCAGUAA